UGUUUUUUGUUUUAUUUUAUAGUUAAUAGUUUUAAAACCUGCAGGGGUCUUUAUGGUACUGUACUGUAAGUAGUUUUAUUAUUCCAUGCUUUUAAUGAGCGAAAAUCGUUGUAUCUCGAUUAAAUGGGAUGAGAUAAGUGAUCGGAAACUUACUCUGCAACAAUGAGCAUGCCCGGACUUUCUCUGGAGAAGGAUCAGGCUUUCCACAGAAAGUCUGUGCAUAAGUUACAGGCACAGCGUAGAUCUCAAAGCUCGUCGAACUUUAACAAAGAUGGAAAAAAAGAGCUGACACCGUUACCACUAAUAAAAGAUGCUGUUCCACCAGAACAAAUGGAUUUGUUCAUGAAGAAACUGGACCAAUGCUCUGUGAUAUUUAACUUUAUGGAGACUAUAGAAGAUAUACAGGGAAAGGAAAUAAAGAGAGCUAGUUUAAAUGAAGUUGUGGAUUACAUCUCCUCUGCUCAGGGAUCUUUAUCAGAACCUGUGUAUGCUCCUAUCAUAAACAUGAUCUCAAUUAACAUAUUCCGCACACUGCCACCAAGUGACAGUGUUGAAUUUGACCCUGAAGAUGACGAUCCAACAUUAGAAGCAUCAUGGCCACAUCUUCAGCUUGUGUACGAAUUCUUCCUACGAGUAAUGGAGUCACCCGACUUCCAACCUUCAAUUGCAAAGAAACAUAUCGAUCAAAAGUUUGUUCUGCAUUUGCUGGAACUGUUUGCAAGUGAAGACCCUCGCGAACGAGAUUUCCUCAAAACAGUUCUGCAUCGAAUUUACGGAAAGUUUCUUGGUUUACGAGCAUUUAUUCGUCGCCACAUGAACAACAUUUUUCUCACGUUUAUUUACGAGACCGAACAAUUUGCUGGGAUACCUGAGCUCCUUGAAAUACUGGGAAGCAUUAUCAAUGGUUUUGCGUUACCUCUCAAGUCAGAACAUCGUCAGUUCCUCAUGAAGGUUCUCAUACCUCUACAUAAAACAAGAGCAUUAGCAAUGUUCCACGCUCAACUAGCCUAUUGCAUUGUUCAGUUUCUGGAGAAAGAUUCCACACUUACAAGACAGGUUCUGCAGGGAAUACUAAAGUACUGGCCACAGACAUGCAGCUCAAAAGAAGUUAUGUUUCUCGGUGAACUUGAAGAAAUACUUGACGUAAUCGAACCUGCUCAAUUCGCGCAAGUGUUGCCAGAUAUUUUCAACCAGCUUGCCAAAUGUGUUUCAAGUCCCCACUUUCAGGUCGCAGAGAGAGCUCUCUACUUUUGGAACAACGAAUAUAUCUUGAGUUUAAUCGAGGAGAACUCAGUCUCCAUUCUCCCGCUUAUGUUCCCAAGUCUAUAUCAAAUUUCAAAAGAACAUUGGAACCAGACAAUCGUAGCCUUGGUAUAUAACGUCCUAAAGACCUUUAUGGAAAUGAACAGCCAGCUGUUUGAAUCGCUCACCGCAUCUUACAAAGCUGAACGACAAAAGGAGGUUAAAAAGCAGAAAGAGCGAGACGAACUCUGGAAGAAAUUGGACGACCUCUGCGUUAAGAAGAAACGCAUUUAGGCGAUUUCCCUGCGUCUAGAUAAUUCAAUUUUGCACAUUGAUGCGAGAACACCGUUCGGUGUUUUCCCCAUGCUUACCGAACGCGCACUUCUGUGAGGCGUGACAGAGCACUUGCUCAUGACGUCACGUUUACGUCAUCUUUUCAUGACGUAAUUUCCCGACAGUCAAUUCGACGGUGCAUGUUAUUGUAAUGCAUCGCUGGAUAAUAAGGCUUGUGAGAAUUCGAAUCACUUGUAUAAUAUUUUUAAUUUUCCAUAUAUAUCCAUGUUCCUACUUUUAUUUGAUCGGCUCCUCCAGCCACGCAUAGAAAUUAGUUUCAAACGUCGGUUUCAUCGGCGCAUUUUUGUAAAUACUUUCCGCCACUGUCUGUUCAGCCGAUUUUCGCAUCUUCUCCACGACCGAUGCAACCCGCUGCUUGUGACGUCAUAAACAACCUCAGCAACGUCACAAUCCACCUCAACAAAAUAAAACCAGUAUUUUCAAAGCUAUUGCUCAACCAAAACCUCUCCCAUACAGUGUCGCGAAUCUUGACACCCCAGCCGGGCUUUGAACACUGUGCUCAUUUGAUUCUCCGGUCGCCGAACAACUAAGUUCCAACCAAACGAGCACUUGUGUUAUUCCAACUUUUUUGUGCCAUUUUGCUUAUGACAGCGUUCUUGAUUACACAGCUACGCGCAUAUUUUAAAAAGAUAUAUCGACAGCAUCAUUUUAGCUUUCGGAUCCAUUCCUUUAUUUUAAGCAAUGAAUUUUCAACAUUAGAAAAAAUACAUACGUGAUUUUAUAUUCACUUAAGCAAUGAAUUUAAUUUUCAACAUUAGGAAAAUACAUGUGAUUUUAUUUAUACCGAACAUCAGAAACUGCGCGUAUCCAACAGUAGCUCCCCAUGGAGUGCGACAAAUCAGUUCAAUCCUUUUUUUAAACAAUAUAACGGCAAAUCUUAUUUCGCUUUUGGGGCCAAGUGAAAAAUUGCUCUUCGUACUUUUGAUCAUUUUGGCCAUUUUUUGCGACUUAUAAUUCAUUUAAUCGCGCUUUAAAAGUGAUUUUAGAAAGGCGUGUUUUGGGUGCACGUCGCUCCUAACUGCUGCGAAUUUUUGCAACCAUAUUUUCUAUUUCACGACGUUGCUCGUUUAACAUAGUAUUCGACUUGAUCCAUAAAGGUGUGAAUUUAUAGUCGCCCAAUUUUACAGAGGUGAACUAUAUAGCCCAAUAUAUGUGUAUAACUGUAUGUAUUGCUGUUAUAGUUUAUUAACAGCACUACUUCCUAUGUCAAGUUUAAUAUAUGUCUCGCCCGUCAAGUUUGCUGUUUGAUUUCGUAUUUUAAAACAAUAAACACAGGGCGUCAUGUAA